AUGCGGAGACGCGCUACAAAGGAGGAAGUAAAUAAAAAAUCUACAAAACCCAACGGUCUACUCACUUACAACGAUAUCCCGGAAUGGAUGAAGGAUAACAACUUUAUCACACACGGAUACAGACCAGUUUCCCACUCAGUGAAGCAAUCACUGAGAUCGAUAUUCAAUAGUAUACACAAUGAGUCUCUUAAUAUACACUCACACCUCUGGGGUGCUAUCUUCUUCCUUCUCGCUUUGGUUGCGAUAUCGACAGACACAUUCCACAGGAAACAUCCGAACUAUGGCUGGAAAGAUUACCUUGGCUUUACGAUAUUCAUACUUUCAGCUAUCACCUGUCUGAGCUUCUCCUUCCUUUACCAUACGUUUUCGAACCAUUCGAAGGAGUUUGCUAAUACUUGGCAUGCGUUAGAUUAUGCUGGUAUAUGCAUUCUUAUUGCUGGUAGUUUCGUCCCGUGUCUCUACUAUGGCUUUUACUGCUCGCCAGCGUUUCAGAUAUUUUACAUCGCCUCAAUGUUGAUUGCUUCCUCUGUCGCUCUUUACAUAGUCCUCCAUCCACAUUACAGGCGACCAGCAUUCAGAAAAGCACGUACGACAGUAUUCAUAGCGCUCGGAUUGUCUGGGAUUCUUCCAAUCACUCACGCUAUCGCUAAUGAUGGACUUGGUGUGAUGCGCACAAUGGCACUUGAUUAUGUCGUUCUAUCAGGUAUGAUGUAUAUUCUUGGUGCAACGAUCUACGCAUGUAGAUUCCCAGAGGCUUAUUUAUCUCACAAGUUUAAUUUCUCAUAUGUUGGAGCCUCGCAUCAAAUUUUUCACUUCUUUGUUGUCGCAGCAGCAGUAUGUCAUUAUUUAGCAAUCAGAUCAUCACAAUCUUUCUAUGGCGAUCCAGAGUUCGAUUAUUGCCACGCUUAUAGAUAG